AUGUCGACCACCGACCUCAUCGCCCGCCGAGCAAUCGCACUCCAAAAGCGUCGCUCUGACCUCGCUCGCCUCCGCACCGCAGCGACAAUUCGAGCAUUCAAUUUCGAUCUCGGAGACCUCGUCCUCAUCCGCAACACCGCCAUCGAGAAGGCCCUAAACUGCAAAAUGCGACCUCGCUACUUGGGACCCCUUCUCGUUAUAUCUCAGAAUCGCGGCGGUGCUUACAUUCUCGCAGAAUUAGAUGGCUCGAAGCUCGACAUACCCGACCUCGACGCACUCCUCGACAUCUCUGCACAACGACUGCGUGAGAUGAAGGCCACUGUGGACGAGGAUCCAGAAGAGGAGGACCUCCGCGACGACAAGAUGGACGACUCCGAGGAUGAAGCUUCGCAGCAGGAUAUUGACACAGUGUCCAAUACCGACGAGCCCACCCACCCUCCCUUCUCGCGCGGGGCGAUGUGA